UCGCGCGGGUUCUAAAAUGAGGACAAAAGCCCGCCCGGCUCUAGCGUUUCGCGCGCCGACGAGGCCAAUGGGACGCCGGCGCCGCGUUGAAUGACGGGAAGGCGCAGCCAAUGAGCAUGCGUCUUGUUGCGAAGUGGACCCCGGCUCCGGAAUUAUAAAGAGCGCCACGAGUCGGUAUUGUCAGGCGGCGGCGCUGCGCGGGCCCGGUCGAGACUUGGUCGGUGGGUUCCGUGCAGCGGUGGUCGAGAAGGAGCGCGCGAGGUUGCGGCGGCUCCGUCAGCGGAGGAGGGGAAGCCGGGCAGCGCGAGCUUGAACGCGGCCGAGCCCGCCGCACCUUCCCGGCGGGUGGGGACGAACGGGCCUCGCGGCCUCACCGGCGGCGAGGAGCCGCUGCGCCCCGGUCUAACAUGUCGGAAGCGGGUGAGGAGCAGCUAAUGGAGACGACGGGUGCCACCGAGAACGGGCAUGAGGCCGCCCCCGAAGGCGAGUCGCCGGCCGGGCCCGGCACCGGGACCGCAGCGGGCGCUGGAGGCGGGAGUGCGGCUCCCCCGGCCGUGAACCAGACCAGCGCCGAAGGCGACCAGAUCAACGCCAGCAGGACCGAGGACGACGCAGGAAAAAUGUUCGUUGGUGGCCUGAGCUGGGAUACCAGCAAAAACGACCUGAAGGAUUAUUUUUCCAAAUUUGGAGAGGUCGUUGACUGUACAAUAAAAAUGGAUCCCAACACUGGCCGGUCAAGAGGGUUUGGGUUUAUUCUCUUCAAAGAUGCAGCCAGUGUGGAGAAGGUCCUAGAUCAGAAGGAGCACAGGCUGGAUGGUCGUGUCAUUGACCCCAAAAAGGCCAUGGCCAUGAAGAAGGAACCUGUAAAGAAAAUUUUUGUGGGGGGUCUGAAUCCAGAAGCCACAGAAGAGGAAAUCAGAGAGUACUUCGGCGAGUUUGGGGAGAUCGAGGCCAUUGAUCUUCCAAUGGAUCCAAAGUCACACAAAAGACGGGGCUUUGUUUUCAUCACUUUUAAAGAAGAGGAGGAACCUGUGAGGAAGGCUCUUGAGAAAAAGUUCCACACCAUUGGUGCAAGUAAGUGUGAAAUCAAGGUGGCUCUGCCCAGAAAGCUCUAUCAACAGCAGCAAGGCUCCGGCCGUGGUGGAAACCGCAGCCGAGCGAGCCGAAGUGGUGGUGGUGGUGGUGGAAGUGGAGGUCAGAGUCAGAGUUGGAAUCAGGGCUACGGCAACUACUGGAACCAGGGCUACGGCUACCAGCAGGGCUACGGGCCCGGCUAUGGCGGCUACGACUACUCGCCCUAUGGCUAUUACGGCUACGGCCCCGGCUACGACUACAACCUCAGUCAAGGGGAUGCACGGAUUGGCCUCCCCUUCCCCCUUCAGAGGUCCAGAGUGCCCUGGAACACAGUGGAUGGAAGGAGAGGCAAGAGGCAGGCUCCUUUGUCGGUCAGGGCCCUACACACUGCAAAGGCAACUGGUUUGAAGAAAAAGUACCUGGACACCAAGUAGUCAGCCUCUUUGGUGGCUGGUGUCCUUGUGGCCUCAUCUUUGAUCAAAUCCACACCAAUGAAGAGCCCGACGCCCCUGGAGCAGAAGGCGACAUCUCAGGAGGCCAGGCCUGAGGGGACCAUGGGCCUUGCCCUUGCCCUCUGCCUGGGUCUCAGCCAAGCCCCAUCAGAAAGUUCACCGGGGCUUGUACCUCUGCCUCCUGGGGAGACAGGGCCACAGGAAACGUGGUGGUGUGCGUGUGUGACAAUUCCAGGAAA